AGAGAAGGAGACAGGCACUGGCCCAGUGGGGUGUCGCUAAGAUCCCACCCGAGCGGCCCGGACCCCAGCGUGCCCCAUUGGGAGCCAGGCCACCCUGGACCCUGCGUGCUGGGUCAGGGGAGACCCCAGCCUGUCUGCCUGCUGUGAGCUUCCCUGGAGCGGUGCCCCAGCUGGAGACCCCAGUGCUGCAAACUACCCUGCAGCAGUGCCCCCAGAUGGAGACUCCAGUGCUAUGAACCUCCCCACAUCAGUGCCCCAGCUGGAGACCCCAGCUCUGCGAGCUUCCCCAGAGUAGUGCCCCAGACAGGCACCCUGGUGCUGCGAGCUUCCCUGAAGCAGUGCCCCAGGCUCGCCCGCCGGGAGCCAUGGCCGACGGGGAACGUCCCAGGAGCAGCCUGAGCCAGGCCAGCAGCGUCCUCACCAUCUCCUCCAUCAGCCUGGGGGCCGCCAAGCCGUCGCGCUCCCUGCGGAGGGUUCACACCUUUGGGAAAAGGGAAAAUUCCAUCAAGCGGGACCCCAAUGCCCCCGUCGUCAUUCGGGGCUGGCUCUGCAAACAGGACAGCUCCGGCCUGAAGCUGUGGAAGCGACGCUGGUUUGUGCUGGCUGAUUACUGCCUCUUCUACUACCGAGACAGCAGGGAGGAGGCGGUUUUGGGGAGCAUCCCACUCCCCAGCUACGAGAUCCGGCCGCUGCCCGGGGAUGGGAAGAGCCGAAGAUUCACAUUCAAGGCCGAGCACCGGGGGAUGCGGACGUACCACUUCAGCGCGGACACCCAGGAGGACAUGAAUGGCUGGAUCCGAGCCAUGAGCCAAUCUGCUGUUGCCGAGAGUGACCCCAGCACCAUCAGGAGCCGCCCCCCCCAGCUGCUCAGCCGGCCGGUGCCCCCCCCAGCCCGUCUCUUCGAGGAGAUCCAGCUGCUCACGCCCGACCUGGGUCCCGCCAAGAGCAUCGAGUCCUUGGAAAUCGCUCGGCUCUCGGGGCCCCACUCGUCUGCGGAGAGUCUGUCUGUGACGGGCCGGGGGGUGCAGGGCGAGGGGGGGCGCCUGCCCAGCGGCCCUGUCCCACCCCCCAGCCCGGUCAAUGGGGAAGGGCUCGGGGGGGAGCUGCAGGGCCUAAGCUCUCUCUCGUCCCGCAUCCUGCGGGGCCAGGAGACCUCGGCAGCCACACGCCCCCAUCCCGGCCCCCCCAGGCCCUCCCCACCCCCAUGCCCCCCUGAAUUUGAACAGCCCCUCCUGGAGCCCCCCUCCCCCUGGGAGCCCUCCGCAGAUGCCCAGUCCCACGUCCGCUCCUCCCGUUCCUACUCCCUUCCCCCCACUCCUGCCGAGCUCAGGGGUGUGCGGGGGGGCCAGGGGUGCGCCGGGGCCUCCUCCAUGAGGGUCCGAGCCCCUGAGCUGGCUGCGUCCUGCGAAGAGCUCCCCCUGCUGGUCCAGGCAGGAUCCAGCCUGGCCCGGCCCCACACCCCAGUGGGGCGGGUGGAUAUCGCCCCCGGGGGGGCCGCGCGGGGCAGCAGGACCCUCCCUGGGCACCCCCAGACCCCCGCCGACCGCUACGACGUGUGGCCCUCCGAAGAGCCCUGUGCCCGACCCCCUGGGCGCUACCCCCACAGCCCCCACCCCAGCCAUUGCCUGGCACCACCCGGGACCCCGGCGGAGGAGAGCCUCCCGCAGACGGCCAUGCUGGGACCUGCCCUGGGGAGACAGCCCCGGAGCCGGUUCACAGACCGGGUUUACCCCUCCUUGGGGGCCGCCCCAUCCCGCGCCCGUCUCCACGGCCGAUUGAUCUCCCCACAUUUGGCCUCCUCUGGCUACCUCCACCUGCCCCCGCUGCCCCCAGUCACCAGCCGCCCCCUAGGAAAGAGGACCUCACUGGGAGCUCCGCCCCGGACUGUGGCCCCUCUGUCCCGGGACAGGACACUGCUGGCGCUGCCCAGGGCUGAAAGUGACACCGACAUUCUUCUGACUAAACUCUGCGGCCAGGACAAACUGCUUCGGGGGCUGGAGGAGGAGACGGGGCAGCUGCGGGCUGAGAAGGAGAGGCUGGAGAAGGCCCUGGAGCUGCUCCGGCACCAGCUGGACAAAUGCCAAGGCCAGGAGCUGGCGGAGGAGAAAAUCUGGUACCAGCAGAGGCGGCUGCAGGACGAGCUGGUGCAAGUGAGAGCCCGGCUCUGCGACCUGGGACUGGACAGCGACAGGGCUUGGGGAGAUUUCGCCGCCCUAGAAUACGAGCUGCUGACGCUGCGGGAAACGCUGGCUCAGAUCCGACUGCUCGGGCACCCCCAGGAGCAGGGGGCCGCCCAGCAGGAGCUGUGGAUGAUCGAUGACAUCACUGCGGGGUUGGGAGCCAGCCCCGCCCCCUACCCCCCCCCGGACCCCAGGACAAGCCCAGGCUUCUCUCUGGCUGCCUCCCCCAUCCUGGAGCGCGGGGGGGGCUCAGCCCGGAGCCACCUGCCCCUCCUGGGGCCGGACGGGGGAGGCCAGGACCACGAGCCGCCACUCAGGACUGUGCCAGCUGGCGGCCGAGAAGAGGACCGAGCAACAAGGGGAGACGCCUGGGUCUCCCAGCCCCCCCAGAGCCCCUCUAGAAUGGGGGCCGGGUCCCCUGAGCUGGACGGAGGACGUCCCCUGCAGGAGACGGAUGUUGCAGCAUCAGGUCUCAGCUCACCUCCGGUCGCUCCCCAACAGCCCCAGAGCCCCAGCCCAGGCCCCCAGGAGCCCCGAGAGCAGAGAACCGAGGAGCUGCCAGCCAAGGCGAUCACCAUGGACCCUCCUGGUCCUCACCGGGCCCGGAUGAGCGUCCAGGAGCAGCUGGAGCGGAUGCGCCGGCACCAGGAAGGCCAGAGGCAGCAGGAGGGGGGCAGACCGAACCCCUGGGGCUCCCGGCAGGGCUCGCUCCGGGCCAGCGCCAGCCGGCUCCCUCUUCCGACUCACCCCCCCGACCUUGGGCCAGAGCCGACCCAGACCCACACGGAGCCUCCGUUGAAGGGGGGCCAGUCCGGAGGGCCCUGGGGCCGGUCUCCCCCACCCCUCGAGAGAGACCGUCACCGGGUCAUCACCCUGGCGUACGCACUAGCCACAGAGGCCUCCGAACGCAGCAGACUCAUCACAGGGAAGAACCCGCCUGAACCCCAGCUGAGGGCCAAUCCGGACCCACCCCCAGAGCCGCUGGAUGCAGUGACCAAUCAGCACGUGCUGGUUACUCCCACACUCCCCCGGGGGCACCCAGAGGCCAAUCACGUCGAGGCCGAACCGUGUGGCCCAGCCAAUCGGAACACAGCAUUUAGCAGCAAUUCAGUGCAGCGGGCGGCAGCGGCCAAUCAGGUGUCGUCUGUUGCCGAGCUUUCCAAUUGGUUCUCACCCUCGCCUGAAGCAGCCAAUCACUCAGCACAUCUGUCAGAAGCAGCCAAUCCAGCAUCACUCCUGUCCAAGGGGUCUCAUUGGGCACCCCCUUUGCACACAUUGGCCAAUCAGACGUCGACCUCACACAAGCUGUCCAAUCGGGCAUCGCCUCUGCUCUGGGCUGCCCAAAAGGAAUGUGGGGAUUGGGCGGCAGAGCAAAGGAUUGUGGGUAACAAGGGCAUGGCCAAUGGCAGGUGUCAGGGGCAGGGUGGGCGUGCUGUGCCCAGACAGGUGGUGGCGUACCUGGGUGAGGGGAGCCAGCCAAUCAGGAUCACCCUACUGCAGUCCAGCUUCUAGCCCAUUGGCUGAGAGGGAGGGUCAAGUCCCACCCCCUCUGCCACGCCCCCCUGGGGGGGCUCUAAGGGGGGCUCAGAGGUUUGGGGUUCUGCUCCUCCCUGCUCUGCCGGUGCCCCUCACUCCCGACCCGCAGCCCCUGCUCGCCUGGCCCUGGGCUCCC